CCGCGCUGCAUACCGGCGAUGAUUGCUGUGUUAUGGGCUCGAAUUGGGUGGUGCAUGGUUUGGAUGGCGUUGGAUCCGAGCCUGAUCGGGUGGUGUAUGUGUGGCAUUGUUGUGAUCGGCACAUACCAGAAUGUCUACGCUGCUUGGAAAGCUCGCGAAGCUGGCACUGCGGGGUUUCAUCUCACUCCUUACACUCGCGCGCCAACGAUCAUUGGUACAUGCGAGGCUGUUAAGCACGAUGACAAAGAGAGUAUCGACUUCGCCGAAACCGAUGUGGAGCUCGUGGAGCUUGCGAAAUGGGUCGCAGACACCCAUCCCGCCAAUAACCCACUCUCCGCAUCCGACACCACUACCACCACCACGUCAAUGCCGAAAUGGCUCACCUCCAUGUCCAAGAGCGAUGGUGCUCCCGCCUGGCUCGAGCCCGUCAAGCCUGCAAAUUCCAUCGCGUACGUCGCCGGUGGUGCGCAAGCCGCGCUUGUCGAGCUUGAGAAAUGGGUUCCUUGUGCUGGGAUCGCGAAUCUCGUCGUCUUUUUCCCCAUCGGGCUCGGCCUUGACGCUGGAAAAAUGGAGAAAGGUAGCACUUUCAAGGAAUUCUGGAAACGUGCCCAUCACACCGUGGAGGUACGCGAGAAGGCGGAGUUGAAGCGGAGGAUGGAGGAACAGGCGGGCGAGGAUUUGAAAUCGGACCAUGGACGCAAGAGCCGCGUCGGGGGGCAUUUACAAGUAAGCGGCUCUUUAUCAGUGGUUUUACACUGA